AUGGCAGCUCCAAAUCCAAAUAUGGCUGCAAUAACUGCAUCCUUAGAGAAAUCUCUUCAAAACUGUUCUCUAAAUCACCAAGAAAGCAGCGCCGGCGGUGCUGCAGGGCUUGGCCACUCAGCCACUUCAACUUCACCGGAAAAUCAUCAUUUGGACGCCACUUUAGAACUCAACUCUCAAAUCUCACUCCCUUUCCAUUGGGAACAAUGCCUAGAUUUGAAGACUGGUGAAAUAUACUACAUAAAUUGGAGAACGGGAAUGAAAGUGACAGAGGAUCCGAGGACCACGGUCGAGUACAGUGGGGAUUUAUACUCUGAAGACGAUUGCAGCUCGUAUGACAGUGAAGAGUCAUCAUCGGAGCCUUCGACUUCAUCGCAGUGGAAUGACAAUCGAGAUCAUCAAAGCAAUGAGCAGGAGAAUCUGAAUGUGCUUGUUGUGGCUGGGUGCAAACGGUGUUUAAUGUACCACAUGGUGCCUAAACAACUCCAAGAUUGCCCCAAAUGUUUUGGACAACUCAUCUACUUAAAUGGCUCCCCGUAA